AUGGACAACAACAUGGAAAUCGAUACUGCGCGGUCCCCUGAGCCACACCGUUUGUCGCCUACGAGCGACCCCGGCUCCAUACCGACUCUGGACGGGUGGAUCGAGAGUUUGAUGACUUGCAAGCAAUUAGCGGAGGAAGACGUGCGACGGCUGUGCGAUCGGGUGCGUUUCAAGAUCCUGCACCGGGCUAAAAGUGAAUUCAAAUUGAUCAUAUGUGUGUCUCAUAGGCGAGAGAAGUUCUGCAGGAAGAGUCCAAUGUGCAGCCAGUGGUAUAAAUGCCCAGUGACAGUCUGCGGUGACAUACACGGACAGUUCCACGACCUAAUGGAGCUGUUCCGCAUCGGCGGUCCCAACCCGGACACAAACUAUCUCUUUAUGGGUGACUAUGUCGACCGUGGUUACUACUCAGUUGAGACCGUGACCCUUCUCGUCUCCUUGAAGAUCCGUUACCCCCAGCGUAUUACCAUCCUUCGUGGAAACCACGAGUCCCGACAGAUCACACAGGUCUACGGCUUCUAUGAUGAAUGUCUCCGCAAAUAUGGCAACGCCAAUGUGUGGAAAUACUUCACCGACCUCUUCGAUUACCUUCCCCUUACCGCUCUCAUCGAAAACCAGAUCUUCUGUCUUCACGGUGGUCUGAGCCCGUCUAUUGACACUCUCGACAACAUCCGGUCGCUUGAUCGCAUCCAAGAAGUGCCCCAUGAGGGUCCUAUGUGUGACUUGCUCUGGAGUGAUCCCGAUGACCGAUGCGGAUGGGGAAUAUCUCCUCGCGGUGCUGGAUACACAUUCGGCCAGGAUAUCUCCGAAGCCUUUAACCACAACAACGGCUUGACUCUGGUGGCACGUGCCCAUCAAUUGGUGAUGGAAGGAUAUAACUGGUCCCAAGAUCGUAACGUUGUCACCAUCUUCUCAGCCCCUAAUUACUGUUACCGCUGCGGCAACCAGGCCGCGAUUAUGGAGAUUGACGAGCAUUUGAAAUACACAUUCCUACAAUUCGACCCUUGCCCCCGAGCGGGAGAACCUAUGGUAUCGAGGCGCACACCCGACUAUUUCCUCUGA